AUGGAAGAAGCAAAAAUAUAAUGUGAGGGUAGUGAUACAUAAGAUCAAAUAGGUGACUCAAACCAACAUUUUAGGAAUAAGAAUUGUGAGCCCUAAUAGUUGCAUCAAGGUGAUUAAGAUGUAUCAUUAAGUAGCUUUUUAGGAGGAAUGAAUGAAUUUUUAUACGAAUCGCAAAAAGAUAUUAACAUAACAAACUAAUCUUGCUGUAAAACUCAAUAAGAGGAAUUAUUAGAAAUACCUCUAGUGUAAAUUACAGGUUAGAGCUGCUCGAAAAAAUGUUUAGGAUAGACUAAAAAUAAUCUGAUUUAAGAAAGAGAGAUUAAGGCAAAUUUAAAAAUAAAUGAGGACAUAGAAUAAGAAAGUUAAGGAAGCCAAAUAAGUGAAGAAAGCUCUAUUAAGAUUCUUAAUGUAGAAGUAUAAACCUUAUUCACAUGA